GCAGCUAGGACGACCAUGGCGACCGGCCACCGCCUCCUGCUGGAGAACGCGCGGCAAGUGGUGCUGGUGUGUGCCCAGGGCGAGCGCUUCCUGGCCGGGCCCGCUCUGCGCAGCCUGGCGGUGCUGGAGGGUGCCAGCCUGGUGGUGGGCACUGAUGGGUUUAUAAAAGCUAUUGGCCCUGCUGACGUUAUCCAGAGACAGUUUUCUGGAGAAACUUUUGAAGAAAGAAUUGACUGCUCUGGGAAAUGUGUCUUACCAGGUUUGGUGGACGCACACACACAUCCUGUGUGGGCUGGGGAAAGAGUCCAUGAGUUUGCAAUGAAGUUGGCAGGGGCCACUUACAUGGACAUUCACCAGGCCGGAGGAGGGAUCAACUUCACGGUGGAGCACACUCGCCAAGCCUCGGAGGAGGAACUGUUCCGCUCCUUCCAGCAGAGGCUGCAGUGCAUGAUGAGGGCAGGCACCACGCUGGUAGAGUGCAAGAGCGGCUAUGGCCUCAACCUGGAGACGGAGCUCAAGAUGCUGCGUGUAAUCGAGUGUGCCCGGAGGGAGCUGAACCUGAGUCUGUCUGCUACUUACUGCGGGGCUCACUCAGUCCCCAAAGGAAAAACCGCCAUGGAAGCCGCUGAUGACAUCAUCAGUAACCACCUGCCAAAGCUGAAGGAACUCUGCAAAACUGGGGAACUUCACGUUGACAACAUAGAUGUGUUCUGUGAGAAGGGUGUCUUUGACCUGGGUACCACCAGAAGGAUUCUUGAAGGAGGAAAGAAGAUGGGGCUGCAGAUUAACUUCCAUGGGGAUGAACUCCACCCGAUGAAGGCCGCCGAGCUUGGGGCUGAACUAGGAGCACAGGCAAUCAGUCACCUGGAGGAAGUAAGUGACGAAGGCAUCACAGCCAUGGCUGCGGCUAGGUGUUCUGCUGUCCUUCUGCCCACCACGGCCUACAUGCUGAGGCUGAAGCAGCCUCGAGCCAGGAAGAUGCUAGAUGAGGGAGUCAUAGUUGCCCUGGGCAGCGAUUUCAACCCUAAUGCAUACUGCUUUUCAAUGCCAAUGGUCAUGCACCUGGCCUGUGUGAACAUGAGGAUGUCCAUGCCCGAGGCCUUGGCCGCUGCCACCAUCAAUGCAGCUUAUGCGCUGGGGAAAUCUCACACACAUGGAUCUUUGGAAGUUGGCAAGCAGGGGGAUCUCAUCAUCAUCAAUGCAUCCAGAUGGGAACAUCUGAUCUACCAGUUUGGAGGCCACCAUGACUUAAUUGAUUAUGUUAUAGCUAAAGGAAAAGUCAUCUAUAAAAAGUAACAGAUCUUGGACCAGUGGGCAAGGUCUUCUGUCACCAAACCAGAGUUCAAUCCCUGGAACUCACUUGGUAGAAGG